AUGUCAGACUCACCAAGAACUCCAGAUGCACUCAACAAAGUACGCCUUGAUAAUCCUCGAUUAGAGAUCCCUCGCCCUAUGUUCCAACGCGAGACUACCGCCGUUGAUCCCUCGGAAUGGCAAGCUUACACACCGAAGACUUCGCACGGGUUUAUAGCCAUGCAUACCUCCACACCCGAGGACAUGCAAGAGAACAGGGGUAAUGGAAAGCCUGUACAGGUUAACGAUUACUUCUCAGUGCCAAAGCAAAAGCAUAACCCUAUCCUUUCUCCUAACCCUGCGCCAUACGAACCGCAUGGUUUCCUACCACUAUGUUCUGUUGCCGCCGUCGAAGUAGACGCGACCGAUUACUUCCGGCUCUCAGACAGGACUAUUGAAACUGAUACCGGAGGUGCAAGCUGCGCUGCUCCCGGUAUGGCGAAGGGCGUCAGGUGUGAAAAUGCUCCGCAAAUCGAAGGUCACGUGCAGACGAGCCGGCGCUCGCUCGGCGAGGUUGCGCAUCCAUCAGGAAAGCAAAAUAAUGAGCGCGACGUCGUGCCGAACUCAGAAGAAGAACCGGAUAUCGAAGAGGAGUCCGAGAUGAAAUUGCGCGGUGGCAGUGGCGAGGAACUUUGCGACGGAGACAAAGAGACGACCAAUCGUUCACCUGCAGGCGAUGUGCCUGGCCUGGAAGACGAAGCUAACCCACUGAUCGCUUCAUCGCGCACCGACGUAGCCCAAAAAGAUCAUACCGAAGAACGGAAUCGUAUUCCGGCGGCGCUCAAUAGAGCGCUCGAACAGAUGUUACGAGAAGUCGCAACCGUUUGUAAUAUGGCAUUAGACAUGCACGUGGCUAGCAACGAUCCUACCAGCACAGAACCCACGCUCGACAACACAGCGGGACGUGACGACGCCGAAACGACAUCACAGCAGCCAACAGAUCGAUCUGAUGCUUCUGGGAGCGCUCACGAGCCAGUAUCCACAGAGAUGAGCGGUGCAAACAUGGACGAGACCACUCUUCCAGGAACCGAGAAACCAUCUCCAGUAAUCCGACGAAAACUCAGAAAGACCUGGAAGAGACUGGCGCCGCUCGAAGGUCACACUGGAAGACUCUUUGACACGAUGCAGCAUACAGACAAUCGAACACUCAUCGCAUUGAAGUCCGGGUUCACAGUCGACAUCGUGAAUGCCGACACCAAGAAAACAUACGUCCGCAACGUUCCGCUUCGCAUGCUAUGGCAUUUCUGCGGCGCCUCGGUCCUCGAUCGCUUCAUAGCAGACCGGGACGGGCGCCCAGACCUGUUGAAGAUACCCGUGGAAGAAGCCGAGAAAUCUGGAGUCGCAAGAGUAAUGCGAUACAUGCGUCGCGCGUGCAAAGCAGCCAGCGUACGGCCCACAGGUGAGCUGCGCGUACCACCCAGUCUGGCCGACGGUAUCGAGACCAUCCGCGCAUGCCGUGUGUUCGGGCUGCACGCAGAUGCCGACCGGCUCGAAGAUGUGAUGAUCGAUGAGUGGAUAGGCAACGAAGCUUGGUAUAUGACCGACGAGCAUGUCGAGCUGAUCUGGGAUGGGUAUUACGGUAGUCUUCGCGACACCGUUUUCGGGGAUGUGAUAGUCUGGUUUGUAUUAACAGAAGUGCAGGAUAAGUCGCAUCCUCUCGCUGAGGAGAUACGGUGGAUGCUGGAGCAAGACGAGUACGAGACCUUGAAGGCAAGGGUUACGGAGGAGGUGCAAAGGAAGAUAUGGAGACUGGAGGAUCAUGACCAGUUCUUGGGGAGAUGUAGUUGGGAGAGGGCGGAGCGGAUGCGCAAGGAGGAGGAGCGUACUGAUCUUCGUGCGCGAGUUCAUCAUCAACGACCACUCCUCAUGUCCGACACCGAGGAAACCACUUUCUAUCAUGGAACCAGCGCGAAAGCUCUUGGCAUCGAGAUGAUGCAGGGGGGUUUGUGGGAUGGCGGAGGCAUAGGAGUCCUUCUAGACGUUCCAGUCCAAUCUCCCGAGCUGCCGAGGGCUGGAGCUGACACCCCUGUUCCGCCUUCGCUUGGUCGGUAUUGA